AAGAGAUAGGAUACCGAGGGCCAGGGUGUCGGGAGGUAGAUGGAUGGGGAGAGGAGAUAGAGGAUAGGAGGUGGAGAGAGGGAACCAGUUAUAUGGAUAAGGAGGAAUAGGGUCAGUAGAUGGAUAGAGACCAGAAGAUAUGAGUAAUUGUGGACUGGAGACUUCGAGAUAGAGGAGGAGAUCAGCUGGUGUAUGGAUGGAGCAGUAUCUGAGAAUGCAGAAAAUUAUGUAGUGCUCGGGGCUCCACAUGGAUGGGAUGGGACCAAGAAGGAGAUGGAUGGAUUCAGUGAUUGGAGAGAGAGAAGAAAGUGGGAGGGAGCAAUUAAUUCCAUGGAUGGGAACAGGAGAUUCAGAGAAGGAACCAGGAGUUGGGGGCAGGGGAUGAAGAAGAAGAGAUGGGAGGGAUAGGGCAAAGGAAUGGAUGGAGAGAACCAGGAGAGAGAUGGAUCAGUACUGAUUGGGGAGAAGGGGGUUGGAGGAAUAGCAGCAGUUGUAUGGAUGAGAAUUAGGAAGUAUAUAUGAAUGGGGACUGAUUGGAGGGAAGGAGAUGGAGGGAAGUGAUUCUAUAGAUGAGGAGAGGGGAUUCAGGGAAGGCACUAAGAUGUAUAUGGAUGUUUGGCAUGGAGGUUAAAAAAUAUGGGUAGGAUAAGAGGCUGAGGAUGGAGGGAAGCAAACAGGAAGUAUGUGAAUGGAGUUGGGUUUGGAUAAGGGUGAGGACAUGAGAUAUGGGUUAUUAGGGCAAAGGGGUUAAAAAGAGACCAGGAAGUGUGUGGAUGGAAUCAAGGAAUGGAGAAAAGGGACCAGGAGACAGGGAGGGGGACAGGAGCACAGUAUAGGGGCAGGAAACAGACCAGAGAAGAUGAGAGGACAGUAGGGAGACUGAAGGAUGGGGAAUAGGAGAUGGAAAAAAUAAAAGAUGAGGUAGAAAGAGAAGAAGCAGGUGGCCCAUUGGGAAGGAGAAGACAGGCAACAAAGAUGGAAGGACAGGAAGAGGUACGGACCUGGAUUCCUAAGGUUUGGGUGAGAAUUAGACCAUACAGAACAGGGUUUGGGAGGAGAGCUUGGCAGAAGAGCUUCCAGGAUGUGUCUGGCUGUCUCACUGUAGGCCCCCAAGCUCCGAUGUCUGUCUGGAAAGGGUUCCCUGGGGCCCCACUCAACAUUGACCGGCUUAAGAAUGCCAAGAUCCUGGUGCAGAGAGCCAUCAAGCAGAAGAAAGUCUUCAUGAUCCAGGGCCGCUACCCCGUGAUCCGAGGGAUCCUGCGCCGCAGGGGCUGGGUGGAGAAGAAGGUUCCCCAUUUAACAACAGUGCCAACAAUGCCUCCCCCUAGGGAUUUUGACAGUUUUGGAUCUGGAGAUAAUGAUAUCCCAGAGGACUGUGAUGAAGAGGAUGAAGAAGAUGAUGAUGAAAGUCAACAACCAGACCUUGAAGAUAUAGAUGACACUCAUGACCUUAUGUCCCGAAUGGUUCGAAAUGAGCUGCCCUAUUUCAUCUGGACCACCCGGAGGGAUGUGAUUGACUGCCGCCUCCUCUGCAAAGAACAAAUGAUAAAUCAUUACGCUCGGGCAGGCUCCUUCACCACAAAGGUUGGUCUGUGCCUCAACCUCCGGAACCUGCCCUGGUUUGAUGAGGCCAAUGCAGACUCCUUCUUCCCACGCUGCUACCGCCUGGGAGCCAAGGAUGAGAAACAGGCCUUCAUGGAGGACUUCUGGCUGACAGCUGCACGCAACGUUCUCAAGCUGGUGGUGAAGUCGUGGGACCCCUACUCUGAAGAGAAUGACCGGCCAAAAUCAUCCCCUACUCUGUUGGAAAAAACCCUCUCAGGGCAGAAGGUGGGCACAAGGAUCUAUCCUUCCUUAUCUCCACAACCACCCCCAGGCUCUCCAGGGGGCAGGCAACGUAAAAAACCAGAACUCAAGCAGGUAUCAUCAAAGCUGAUUGAGGAUGCACUACAGGCCUGUGAGGGUCACCUCAGCAGUUUGGCCCAUGAGGACAUUGACAAGACCAUGGAGUCCCCAGGGUACCUAACCCAGGCUGAUUGGACUUUAUUUCUCCAGCACUACUACCAAGUGGUCCAUGAGGGGGCUGAGCUAAAGAAGGUUGACUCUCAGAUCCAGCGUUGUGAAGACAUCCUUCAGCAGUUACGGGCAGUGGUGCCUCAAAUCGACAUGGAAGGAGACAGAAAUAUCUGGAUCGUGAAGCCUGGGGCCAAGUCCAGAGGUCGAGGCAUCAUAUGCAUGGACCACCUGGAGGAGAUGCUAAAGCUGGUGGAUUGUGACCCCAUGAUUGUGAAAGAUGGCAAGUGGGUGGUACAGAAGUAUAUUGAGCGACCCUUACUCAUCUUUGGCACCAAGUUCGACUUGAGGCAGUGGUUCCUAGUUACUGACUGGAACCCACUCACUGUCUGGUUCUACCGAGACAGUUAUAUCCGCUUUUCCACCCAGCCUUUCUCCCUGAGGAACCUGGACAGUUCUGUGCAUCUUUGCAACAACUCGAUCCAGAAGCACCUGGAAAAUUCUAACACUCGUCACCCCCUGCUGCCCCCCGACAACAUGUGGUGCAGCCAGAAGUUCCAGGCUCACCUGCAGGAGGUAGGGGCACCUGAGGCUUGGGCCAAUGUCAUGGUUCCAGGCAUGAAGGCUGCAGUCAUCCACGUACUGCAGACUUCUCAGGACACUGUGCAGUCCCGCAAGGGCAGCUUUGAGCUGUAUGGGGCUGACUUCGUGUUUGGGGAAGAUUUCCACCCCUGGCUGAUCGAGAUCAAUGCCAGCCCGACAAUGGCACCUUCCACGGCUGUCACCACCCGUCUCUGUGCUGGGGUGCUGGCUGAUACUUUGCGUGUAGUCAUAGACUGGCGGCAAGACCGAAACUGUGACACUGGUGCUUUCGAGCUUAUUUACAAGCAGGCAGCUGUGGAAGUACCCCAUUAUGUGGGUAUCCGACUAAUGGUUGAAGGCUCCCCUGUGAAGAAGCCUCUGAGUGUCCGUGGCCGAAGACCACCCCGUCCAUUGGCACGUCGAUAUCUUAGAGGGCAUAAGAAUCCAAUGCCUAAGGAGGCUAAAGAGUCUGUGCCUGGGGAGGCCAAAGAGUCCAUGCCCGGGGAGGCCAAAGAGUCCAUGCCCAAGGAGGCCAAAGAGUCCGUGCCCAAGGAGGCCAAAGAGUCCGUGCCCAAGGAGGCCAAAGGGUCCGUGCCCGGGGAGGCUAAGGAGUCUGUGCCCAAGGAGGCUAAGGAGUCUGUGCCCGAAGAGGCUAAGGAGUCUGUGCCCGAGGAGGCUAAGGAGUCUGUGCCCGAGGAGGCUAAGGAGUCUGUGCCCAAGGAGGUUAAGGAUUCCAUGCCUGUUGUUCCCAAAUCAUCAGGGCAUUCCUACCAUCGUGGGAAGACUUUAGGAGGCAGGAGGAACCUGGGGUCCACUGAGAAAACAGACUCCAUAAGCAUGGGAAAGAAGAAAGUCAACACCAAACAAUCCACAGAAAUUGUCCUGACCAGCUUACAAAAAUGGGAUAUCCACAAUCCUAAGGUCACCCAGAUCUUCAGUGCAUCAUCACCACCCAUUGCCAAUCAGGGAAGGCAACUUCACCUUGUGAACAAACCUCAGCUGCUUCUGAAGAAUCGCAUGUCUCAAGAGCCAGAGGGAUUCCCCAGCCUCCUUAGUAAGCCUGCGCUGCCAGAUUCCCGCGCACUCAAACCUCGCACCUUCGUUCUCAGACUGCAGCUCCAAAAAACACCCAUUCCCAGCAAGAACAUCAGUGCCACGGGCAGGGCCUUGCUUAUGUUCCCAGCUCAUAAAGAGCCUGUUCCUAAUUGUGGGAAGCAGGCCAAGGUGGGCCCUAAACCCUGAGGGGCCUGGGAGGGGGCUGAUUGGUGCUGACAACUGGGAGAGUUUGGGGAGGGAGGAGGGAGGGAAGAGGGUUUCUCAUGGUCUAGACUGAGCCAAUGGGAGCUGACUCCUGCUUGGUCCAAGCCCCUUGGCCCCAGCAAGGUGUCCCCAGUUUAGAGCCUUGGCUGUGAUCAAGCCCAAAGGAGUACAAGAGGCAAGUUCUAUGUGUUCUUUGGUUUCACCCCAAAGCAAUUUUCACAGAAGCGGGCGGGUAGGCGGGUGGGCAGGAAACAGACCACCCCUUACUAACUCCUCAUCCCUUCCGCUGAGAAAUUCCCAUCAGCUUUUUCCCAUAGCCUCACAUGGCAGUUGUAGAUCACUCAAAACUCCAUCCACCCAAAUCACAGAAAAAGGAAGCGCCUCUGGGCCCCAUUUGCACCAAGAUGAAAUGCAGCUUCCUGCCACCUUUAGCAACUCGAAGCCCAGGCUUGAUAACAGACCAAAUUUUGAUGAAGGCACUCCUAAAGAGUGCCCAAGUUCAUGGCUCUCGCUGGCACCUGGCUUCCAACCAUCACCAGCCGGGAAGGACCAGGAAAGAACUCUACGGAUUGGAGGCUGUGAAAUUGGGACAUUCCUGGCCAUAUUUCUCCUCCCCCCCUCCCAACCUUAAGUCCUGGCCAAAGAGAUUUUCCUGGGCCAAAAAUAAAUGGGAUUGAGAUACA